AGGGGGUGUGGAGGUUACAGGCGGCGGCCAUUUUGGGUAGGGGAGAAGCUCGCGCUCGGCAGCCAUCUUGCUUGAGGGCACAGGAGCCGUUAGGAGCGCUGGCGGCCAGCGCGGCGCAGGCAGGAGGUGUCCACCUCUCCCUACACAUGGUAAAGGCACCAAAAGAUGGGCAGCAUGUGAACAGUUUGUAGCUGUUGUGUUAGAAGCUGCUGUAUCUUCAAGUGGGCAUAUGUGUCAGGAGUCUGCAGUUCCUCAUUCCUGAUGAGUUUCAGAUUCCCUCACCACGAGAAGCUACUUCUUUGCUAAGGACCAGCUUACACUGACCUAUAAUGGCCUCCAACAAAUUUGUCAUUAAGUGCAAGUUCCUUGGAAGCAGCGAGCAUAUUUUCCUGCUUUAUAUCAGCAACAAAGAUGGAAGUACUGGAAAUGACUGGACAGAACAAUACCAGUAUGACUAUUCUGAGUGUGGGAACUUUGCUGUUUUGGUGGAUGUUCAUAUUUUGCCUCAAGGCUCCAGUAAAGACACCAGCUGGUUUUCACAUCAUGAGAAAGAGGAGGUCUGCACGCUGCUGGAAGAAGUUGUUGCUUCAAGGGUCAAACACUACUUGGAAGCACGGAAACAACGUGGUCAAUGGAAAUCAAUGGAACGUGGUCCUUUGUUUCUUACCGCCAACAGUUUUCACAUUACUGCCUACUUUGUGAAGAGAUGGGUUAACCUCCGCUGUGCCGUAGGGAAACGUUAUCGUGAGUUACGUGUGUUUCCAGACAGAUUUAUAGUUUGCAUCAGUAAACUUGAAUCUACUCCGAGUGCUUGGACAUGUGAAAAUGGUGUGUUGCAAGAAGAACUUUCCAGUGGGAUAUCUGAAUAUUUUACCGAAUCUGCUGAGGACAAGAAGCUUAAGAUCAGUCUGAAGGAGCAAAUAAAGCAAGACAUCUUGAAAGAAAUUGUGAAAAGGACAAAACCAAGAAAAAGUAGCACAAGCAAACCUCAAAUCAGCAAGGACUCCAAGGAAGUGUAUCUUGGCUCGGUGGACUUGCAGACAGAGAACAGAAACAACGACUGUCAAACUCCCCAAUCUGAAGGGAAAUGUAGGAGUGAGGGACUGCUAAAGGACUGCAUAAAUACAGCUGAGAGCAGCUUGGAGCUUCCUGUUUUAGAGCUGGAAAAUUAUGUUAAUCAGAGACAGCCAGAUGAUGUUAGCAGCCAGCAAAAACCUCACUCUGUGGAGCGGUUGAAGUCGAGUCUUCUAAGCGCGAACCCUCCUUGUAGCUCUGAGUCAGCACUGGUAGGUCCAAAACAAAGUCAGAAAGUGACCAAAACACAGGCUCAUCCAAAGAGCUGUGGUUCAGAAGAGCGUUUCAAAACAGUAUCCUCUGAAGGAACUUCUUUCAUUCCUGGGAGUACAGCAAUAAGUAAAUGUGAUGAUGAUUGUUCAGGUCCAUUCCUGGAGAAGACAACCUCACUUAAUUCUAAACAAGACAUGACAAAGGCUGAGCCUGAUGAGGAGUCACUGGGUUUUAGAAGAAAUCUCCCUCAGCCUCUUUCUGUGAGGAACAACGUAGUGCAGAGAAGCUCAAGUGAGCCAAGCACAACCACUGAAGGAUUGCCUGGGAUACCAUCAUCUUGUUCAGAACUGCAGCCUGUGUCUUCAGAGAAGCUUGUCCAGAAAAGAAAAAAAGAUGUUGAAAAUGGUCUUGGGAAGUUAAAACUGCGAAGGCUUAAGAAGUCAAAGUCUGAGAUAUUACCUUGAUGGCAUAGCUGGACAGCCAAAGUCAUGUUUGGAAAGUGUCUGCAAAAAGUAGGAAGCAAUUCAAAAUAAUAAAAACACGAAGGCAAAAGUAGGUAACAAUUUUAAAGACAGUUUAGUUAAACAAGUACCUUGGAACUGUAAUGAAGAGAAUUGUGUGAAGCUGUUAGGAAUUAGAUAUGACUAGAGAUAUGAACCAGUGUAGUCUUUGUAGCAAGAAAAAUCUCUCCUAAAUUAUAUUUACAAAGCAACAUUUUAGACCUGUGUGUAUUUUAGUGCUAUUUAGAAGCCAUAUCAGCCAAUGACAGCAAAAGUGAAACCCACUUUUGUCAUCUGUUAGCAGCUGCAGUUAUUCAGUCUUUUGCUUGUUUCUCAACUCAUAGUUUAUUUUAGUAAAAAUUAGUCCUUUGUCUGUGAAGAAGUUCAUGGUUUAUUCACAUGAUCUUUACAACAGCAAGGCAAAUUGAAGUUAUUCCAAAUAAAAUCUUUAAGCAUCAUUUAAUGUUGCUGAUGAUUUAAGGCCCACCUUUUCAGUGAGGUUUCAAAAUCACUGUGGUUUUGAUACAAACAUUUCUUUCCAACCCAAGUUGUGGGUACAAGUGACAUCCAGCCUUUGGGAAAACUAAGUUUGAUGUCAGCUGUGCAGUCACCUGAGUGUCUAAUUCUCAGUUUCCCAAUUUAUGUUGGGAAAAGUUCAUAUCUAAACGUGCACACACAUCUUCACACACUCAUGUUCCAAAAUCAGGCCUUGUCUGUGUGCAAGCAUCACACGCUGGUUUCGUGGCUAAGCGAUUCCUGAGGUAUGUGUCAUGUUUAGACAGAGGUGAUUUUUAAUUGCACAGGGCUUUUUCAUACUGCUUUUGUAACCCAGAUACUAAUGAGCUACGGAAAUGGAACUUUUAAUUUCAUGCUUAUCUCUUUUUAAAUGCUUACAAUAAAAUGACAAGCAAUUUUC